UUUAUCAUUGACUGAAAACUGAUGUAAAUAGUUCAGAUGAUUUAAGCAGCAGCUCCUGACAGCUGAGAGCUCGAUCAUGAUGGUUUCUGAUAGUUUGUACUGUACGCUGUGGAUGUUAUCGUUUUUUGGGCAGUAUUUAGGAGAAGAUCUGCAGUUUUCUGGUCCGGCUAAUGGAGCAGUAGGAGGAAGUGUGGUGUUUGCUCCUGAUAACCCGCCCUCCACAUCAACUGAUACAGUUCAGUGGAAUUUUGGAUCAACUCCUAUAUUGACAGCACUGCCUGAUUCAACUGUAAUAGCCUCAGCAUACAGAGACAGAGUCAGUUUUGACAUAAACACUUUCGCUCUUGAGCUCCGGAACCUGAGACUGGAUGAUUCUGGAACAUACAGAUUAACUGUAUUAACUAGUGCUGGAGAGACACUUACAGGAGAAACUACACUACAAGUGUUCGAAAAUAUAACUAAUGUAAGACUUAUUGGUCCAGAAGAAUCAUUAAUAGAGGGAGUAUCGUCUGUUAACAUCAGCUCUGAGGGAAAUGGCAUCAUCACCUCUGUGCAGUGGAUGAAAGAUAACAGUCCUCUGUCUCCUAGCAACAGCAUCAUCUUCUCAUCUGAUAACAGAUCAGUGUCCAUCAGUCCAGUGCAGAGAUCAGACAGUGGAGAAUAUCAAUGUACAUAUAGAAACCCUGUCAGCUCUCAGACGGCAAAACUCAGCCUGAUCAUCAACUAUGGACCAGAAGAUGUUUCUGUUAAGGGUGAGGAUGUGGUGGAUUUAGGUGUUCGUGUGUCGCUCUCUUGUUCUGCAAACUCUGAACCUGCUGCCUCAUUCAGCUGGAAGUUUAAUGAAACAGACACCAAUGUUACCACAGACACAUUCACCAUAAAUGAGACUGACUUCACACACAGUGGAGAUUACAUCUGCAUAGCCUGGAAUGAUGUCACAAAGAGAAACGCCACACAAAAACAUGCUUUACUAGUUAAAGAAGGAGGAGGAGGAGGAGGAGGAGGAGGGCUGUCAUCAGGGGCGAUAGCUGGGAUUGUCAUUGGGGUUUUAGUGGCAGUUGCAGGCAUUUGUGGUCUGAUUGUCUAUUUAACAAAAACUAAGAAAAUCCCAAAGUUAAGCCAACAACAAAAAGGACAAGCAAGUGGAGCAGCACAAAGCAGACAGGAGACAAAGGCUAGAGGAGAUGGAACGAUUCCAGGGAAGAUGAGUGAACAUAUAUACGAGAAUGACAAACAUGAAAAUGAGUAUGAGAAUGAUAUGUAUGAAAAUGUAAAACUUGAAAAUUCAAGAAGGCCAAGGGCUCCUACUCCUCCUCAGGUAUCAAAUCCUCCUCCUGUGCGCAGGUGAGGAAGUGAAGUCACUGAAACACAUCUACUGCAAGAUGAUCUAUCAGGCUGUAUCAUUUUUUGCCCUCCUUUUCCUUUUUUUUUUGUACAAUUUAAAGAUAAAUUGUAUAUGACCUAUUACUGAAAUAUUAUAAACUGUUGCAUCAACUGUUUGUUUUAUGUGCUCCACUCAUGCAGUUUAAUUAUAAACUUGUUCCUCACAAUGGACAAAGGUAUUUUUUCCUUACUUAGUUCCUUACAAAGUCACAAAUACAUAAGUAUAUUUCUGUAACAAUAAAAGAUUAGGGUUAAAGCCAUUACCGUAUACACUGAGUUAUAAAAGCUAAAUGUCUGUUACUGACGUGAAAACAUGACAUACUAAAAUAGGACAAGUACUAAUAACAUAGAAUCAUAUCUGCAGAUCUGGUAUUGUAAUGAUCAUUUGCAGGCUCACGUGGAAUCUGCACACACAGAACUCAGUAGAAAGCAGAUUGAACACCAGUUCUUUAAAUCCUACAUGUUUGACAUCCUGUCUGUGCUCAUUUAUUCAAUAUUUUUGUGUUUUUACAUUUAAAUAUGAAUUAUAUUUAUAUUAAUUUAUAAUGCAUAAAUUACUCAGGCUUAGCUAUACUAUUGACCCCAUGCAUGAAACAGUUCCUCAGAAAUCAUCCUCAUUCUCUCUUUCCUGCACUGGGCCAAUAAAAGAAGAUAAAACUGAUAUUGGGUAAUAAAAAACAAAGGCCACAUUCAUGAAUAAAAUCCCCUUUAGUUCUAAACACAACUUCACUCAGACAAAAGACAUAAGGAAGUGACAUUUUAUUCUGGUGGUCAGGGGCGGACUGAGACUUUCAGACUCAUCUAGGUCAUCCUAUACACACACAGCAAAUUCUGAAACCACAGACAACGAGUAUAGCCCUACUUGUUUUUAUUAUAGCCUGUGAUAAUUAAUACAUACAAACCCCUUAAAAUUAAACAUUUACCUUUAAAAAGAAGGUCAUCCAGUCUACUAUUAUCACUUAGAUUACAGCGUCACUUAGAGAUAUAGCACUUAUAUUGACUAAUAACUGUGAUUAGACAGACCCUGGAUCCCAAUGUUCAUACUAUCCAUAUUUUAUUAGGCUAUAAAUUUGUUCCAGCUCUCCCUUAAAGCUCUUGUCUUUAGAUCACCUCUCAGAAAAAAUAAAAACAAAACAAAAAUAAUAUAAAGCAAUUUUAAUCCAUAUAAAGCACCUGCCACAUUUAAGUCAAGUAUGUUAAGAUGUCAAGUAGUGCACCUUGUCGAAAGCAUAUUUAACACCUGUUCUUUAUAGAAUUCCCACCAUCUGUGUUCAUUUAUUCAGUAUUUUUGCUUGAUUAUGCUUUGUUAUGAAUAAGAGUGUAGUUCAGUCUUGUCUGCUUAACAUACUUGAGAAAGAUUAAAUUAAUUCUAUGGAUUUUCUCCCAACACAAGUACAGAAAAUACAAGUUUACAGUAUUUCAGUUUCAAAUUUCAUUUUGAUCUCUUCUGCAGAUGUCCUUGUGUCAAACAAUGUUUUAAAUUUAUAGACAUUAGAAGACAAAUCCUCAUUCUUUCUUCCUUGUACUGGACAAAUAAAAUAAGUGAUAGUGGUUAAUGAAAAACAGGUUACGUUCAUGACUAAAUUCACCUUUAGACCUGAGCUCAAUGUUACUAAUGGAAAUUAAAUAAAUGGCAUUUUUUCUUCUGUUUGUAAAUAUUGAGUUUUAAUAAUCACAUUUUUUGUGUCCAUUAUUGACAUGGAAGUUAUAUUAUCUGUGUCACGGAGCUGUGUUGAUAAAUACAUGAAGACGAGAUAAAGACAAGCAGUCUUUAAUAAAUCCACAGAUAUAGGUAAAUCCAAACAAGGGAAGACUGGCGAUACACGUAACAUUGACGAGACCCGACAACCUCAAACUGAACAGACAGGAACUUAAAAACACAGACCUAAUGAGGAUAGUAACAAGACACACCUGAACAUAAUAACAUAAUGAGAUCAAUAACCAUGACAACCACUAAAAAAGGCGGGAAUGGUGAAAGCACAAACAAAGUCCAUGUUGUUGUGACAAUCUGAUUGUCUAAUUAUAUUAUUCCCAAUCUUUUCCAAAAAGGUGAUAUAACUACUGUUCUCUUAUUUAUAAUGUUUGUAUGCCAUUUAUUUUAUGUCAUAACACAACUGAAAAAAUAAUUUUCAAAACAAAUGCACUGAGUUAAACUUUAACAUCACGAACAUUGCUGUAAUCAGCCGAGGUUCUCAAUAUAAAAUCUAUCAAGUCUGUUAUAUUUGAAGGAUCCUUAGAUCCUGCAAAUUGUGUGUGUUGUGUUUUUGUUUUCAUGUUUUUAAAUUAAUUUAUAAUAAUUUAUUCAUAUAAUCAUUAGUCAUUCAUAGUUCACUAAUUCAUAGAGUUAUUAUUGGAUUAUUUUUAUUAUUUGAUUUUUUUAAUUAUCAUUAUAUUAAGUAUUUUUAUUGUUUAUGCAUUUAUUAUGUUUCUGUUUAUUAUAUUUCUUGUAAAUUUUUCCUUCUUUUGUAUUUCCAUUGUUGUUCAAUCUCAUGUUUGUGGGGUUUUAUGAUCUGUUUUGUGUGUAUGAUAAGAGAUAGAUAAGAGGGAAUGUUUAUGGAAACCCAAGGUUUAUGGGAUGUUGUUGUGUAUAACAGUACAUGUUGGACUUGUGCUGGUCAGACGAAGUUUGAACAUUGAGACGUGCAAGAAAAAGAUUGUUCAAUAAACUCUGUUACUUUUCUGUU